GGGCGGGAAGUGAUGCACGCUCCGGCUUCCGCCUGCGGCCCCGGCUGCCCUUAUGGCGGUUUAUUUGACUCCGCGGUUCAGGAGGCUUCGAAGUCAGAGCGAGUUAGGGCCGCGGCGGGGCUGUUGGCGGGCGGGAGCGAGCGAGGAUUGUGAUGGUCCUUUUCAAGCAACUCAGCUGUGGAAUAGUAUUAUUCAUGCUCUUCACAGUCAGGUGGAAAUCAAAAGACGUAGACAACAUCUGAAAAUAUAUAAAAACUGUUUCACUGGCUCAAAUGCUGUUGAUGUGGUACUGAGCCAUCUUAUGCAAAGCAUGUACCUAAGCUGCAAUGAUAUUUCUCGGCUGAAGGGAGUCCGUGUAUGCCAAGCGUUGAUGGAUCACAAGGUGUUUGAGCCAGUUGGAGCAAAACUUUACUUAUUCAAGAACGAGAAAGAAACAGAGUUUGAAGACACAAACACUAGUCUAUAUAAAUUUGUAAAUAGCAGUCUUACUCCGCUUCUUCCAAGAAAGAAUAAAGACAAUGAGAGCUUUUCUCCUGAGCAGAUCUGCAAACAGAAAACAAAAAGAUGUCCCAACAAAACAAAGUGUGAAACAACGCUUUCAAACCCUUUAGCAUUAGAAGCCGCUGAUAAAAAGAGGGUAGAGGAGCUUCUUCGAUCAAUAAAUAUUAAUGGAUCUUUACCUGCAAAGAUCAUUGUUAAUGAACCAACUCAUCUGCUUUCAAAAAGAGUAAUAGAAGAUGUCUGGAAACAGCAAGCUCUGCUACGACUGCUGCAGUUAAUUGAUGUUCCGCUUCUAGAAGAUAUCUUGGUGUCUUCAGUGAAAACAAAACGAGACUGUUUUGGCAAAGAAGACCUGAUUAUCUCAAAUACUUUCCUGGACAGAGAGAUUACAUGUAGCUUAAACUUGCCUGAGCUUGACAAAUGGCUCUAUGCUGCAAUUGAAUGCUUGGAGUAUUUCCCAGACCAAUUCAUAGUGAUGGUUAGUCAGCAGCUACCUCAAAGCACUAACAAACCCAGCAGUCUGAAUACAUACAAGAAGAUUCUUUUUGACAUUAUAAUAAAGUAUUAUAGUCAAAAAAAGGACUCCCUUCUUGGCACUCAGGAUAUUGCUGUUCAUUCAGGAAUUAUAGAACUUAUAGAAAAAGGAAAAAUGGAUCAAGCUCUAGAGGCAUCACAACUUUAUGUGAAAUUGUUAGCACCAAAUAUCCGAGAAGAACUACAUAGGCUCCUGACAUUCAUAGCGAUUGCAUCCAAAUCUGAGGGCUACAAAUUACGAAAACAAUUUGAUAACAGAUUGGUGAUCAUCAGGACUUGCACAAAGUUUAUCUUACAAAAUAAGACAUUGUCAAAACCCCAGGCAGAACUGCUGACUCAGUUUCUGAUGGACAGUCACUCCGAGCUCUUCAAGACUCCUUUAACUCUUCUGGAACUAACUAGUAGGAGACUUGAGAGUUUGCUAGAAGGACAAGAUCCAGAUAUCGAUUCAGGCUUCACCUUCUGUCAGCGCGUGACAACUAAAGAAUAUGAAGAUGAAAAACAACAAACAAAUGAGUAUCUUCUUGCAUUGGUUCAAGAGAUGGACAGUGACCCUGCUAUUCCUUUGAAGCAGAAGAAGAAAAUAAUUAAAGAAUUCCAAAAAUACCACUCUCUCGUCUAUUGUAGUGGUUGUAAAACUACAUGUGAUUUUUGUACUCUAAAUGGUUAGACAUGAAUAUAGCCUUUUUUUUUUUAAAAAAAAAAAAAAAAAGGUGGGGAUGCAUAUGAAAAUUGUUUAUGGUACAAAACACUUCUUACAUCUUUACAUCUUCAGUUACAGGAAACUACAACUAUUGAAAUUACUAUGCUGCUAAAAAGCAUUAAUUCUAAUUAAUGAUUCUUUUAAGCAACAUGUACUUAAUCACUUUUGAGUUAGUAGUAAUGGUAUACUGCUUGUGCUGCUUUGAGUUCAGGGUUUGGCACUUUUUUUUACUCCUGUCCCAUGACCCCAUGGCUUUCUAGCUGAGCCACUUCUACAUUCAGAACCAUGCUUGGGUUCAUAAACAGUAAGGUUUUUAAUCUUUUCUAUCUGUAGUUCAUAAUCUAACUGUAAUCUAAUUUUAAACAGUAGAUUGACUCCUAUGAGUAUUGUAAAAGUGUACAAAGUGUGUCAAAAAUGUUAGGAGACAGUCAGUGGGUUUUGAAUGUGUGGCAGGCAAAAUUCAUUAGGCAGGGGAGCUGUGUGUGCUUGCAGUCAGUAAUUAUAGCAUGUUACUCCUUCCCCACUCAAACUGAGCUGCAGCUAAUCUGACAGUUAACCAAAAGCAAGUAAGAAAUUGCAUUUUGAAAAAACUGAGGAAUAAUAAUCUUGGCUUAGAUCUCUUGAUGUACUUAAUGUUUUUUAAACAUGAGGAUACUUUGCUAGUAUCCAAUUAUUUGUCAUAAAAACUUUGAAUAGUAUUUAUGGAUUCAUAGGUCAAAGCUAGAAAGCAUAUUGGCCUAUCUUGACACAUUGGAAGUUAACUGUAUCUUGACAAGGAUAUGUUGAUUCAAAUCAUUAAAUAAAUAUGCAAUAUAAUGUUACAUUACUUAUUCUGUCCUCAUGACAGAUAUUUGAUCAUAUUGUGGACAUGGAAACAGAAUUGAGAUUAGAAGAGACGUUUGGUCUCGUCCUACCACCCAGCUCAAAGUGGUGUCAGUUGGUGCAGGCUCCUCAGGGCCUUUUCCAGUCGAGUUUAGAGUAUCUUCAAGGAUGCCAUACCCUCUCAGGUGAGUCUGGUCCAGAGCUUGACCAGCCUCACAGUAUUUCAAAGAAACAACAAAACAAAAAAUACACCUCACAUUAUGUUUAGGUAGAAUUUUUUUCAUUUCAUUUUGUGCUCAUUGCCUCCUGUCCUUUCACUGAGCACCACCAAGAAAUACUGGGCUGAGUCUUCUUAACUCCUCCUCUGAGCUUUCUCUUCUCAAGACUAAACAAUUGCAGCUCUCUCAGCCUCUUCCUUGUGUGACAGAUGAUCUAAUCCCUUAUUUUCAUGGCAUUCUUGCUGGACUAGCUCCACCAUGAUCAUGAUUUUUUAUUGUGAAUAUGCUGCUUUAGGUAUCUACAUCCUCAACUGCUCUUCAAAUGUGUGGUCAAGUUACCUGGAUACCAAAGCUUUCUGAAAACAAGCUGUUUUCUUUUCUUAAUUUAAAUGGUUAGACUAUUAGAUAUAACGAACUAUGUGUACAGGUAGGUUGUGUUAACUUGCAAAUUUCGAGUAGGCUUAUUUGAAUGACCUGAUCCUAUUAGAAGUCAGGGAAUGUAAUUGACUCUGUCCAUGCAUCCCUGUUUAUGCACUCGUUAUUUAACAGUGAUUGUCCAGUGUAAAAUAAAUCAUUUCUGGAGGAGGAAAAAAGACCCAAGUUUCACAUUUCAGAGGUGAAUGCCCCAAUUACAAGACAACAGGGCCAUAUAUUCUUUUCCUAGCAUUGUGUGGGGAUUUUGGUCAUUGUUUCAGAAAAGGGAGCAUGUACAGAAGUAGGUUAUUGAGAAUGGUAAACAGGAAGGUAUUUCCUGAUUUAAGUGCUUCUGGUGUUGAGUAGUGGGAGAAGGGGAUUUUAGUUUGGAUUUUUUCUCUCUUUCUCUUCGGUCACUUUACUUGGUCUCAGUCAAAGUACGGAACCUGGUAACUAGAUGGACUGGGAACUGCUUUGGGAAAAACUGUAUUUUUAAAAAAAAUUCUUGCACUUUGUGACUUGAUUAGAAUUUUCCUGUGUUAAUUUAAAGAUGAUAAUAAAGUAUCGCAUAAAA